UCAUCCGUGAGGAACACUGAGGCCGAGUCUCCCAGCCUGUCUCUAGUUGUCGGCAGUCAGGUAGAGCAGUCUGUCUUCCCGGAGGUGGGGUCCUGGGGCACCGUGGGGGCAUGCAGAGCGGCCACCCCAGAGCCUGUCCUGCCUGCACCCCACCACGCCCUGGCCACUGGGACUCACGCCUGUCAUUUUGUAUCAUCUGUCUUAACCAUCUUAUGGUCCGUGAACCUUCUCGGUCCAAAGCUGUGGACCCUCCCCCAGGGAAGACACUGCCUAGGGCACAUUUUCGUACCAAUCCAGGGAGGUGGUAGCCCCUACCCAGCAAGGCCAUCCCGGGAGUCAGUUUCCGUGGAGGAUGACAGGAGCAUCUGCCCUCGGGGCAGCCCCAGUGGGGAGGGCUUGCUGCGGGACAGUGACCAGUUUGCCCCGCGGACACCUCGGCAGUCUCGCACUGAGCUCACUGUCCCUGUCACAGACGGUGAAGCAUCCUCUGUGCGUGAAGCACCCGCCGUCGGUGAGGUACGCCCAGGGCUUUCUCUCGGAGCUCAUCAGAAAGCACGAGGCUGUCUCCGCAGAGCCACUGGACGAGCUGUACGAGGCGUUGGCCGAGGGCCUGAGGGCUGAAGACACCGACCAGGGCCACCGCAGCUACCUGCUGCCUUCUGGGGACUCGGUCACCCUCUCGGAGAGCACGGCCAUUGUGUCCCAUGGCACGACCGGUCUGGUCACGUGGAAUGCUGCUCUCUACCUGGCAGAAUGGGCCAUGGAAAACCCGGCAGCCUUCGCCCACAGGACUGUCUUGGAGCUGGGCAGUGGGACGGGCCUCACAGGCCUGGCCAUUUGCAAGACGUGCCGUCCCCGAGCCUACAUCUUCAGUGACUGUCACAGCCGUGUCCUCGAGCAGCUCCGAGGGAACGUCCUUCUCAAUGGCCUCUCGUUGGAACCAGAUGUCACCACCCCUGCGCAGCACCCAGGACACCCAGAGAGCCCCAGGGUGACAGUCGCCCAGCUGGACUGGGACGUUGUGACGGGCCCUGAGCUCGCUGCCUUCCAGCCAGACGUGGUCAUCGCGGCAGAUGUGCUGUACUGCCCGGAAACCGUCCUCUCCCUGGUCAGUGCCCUGAAGAGGCUCUCCACCUGCCGGGCGGGCCCGGGGACGCUCAACGCCUACAUCGCCUUUACUGUCCGCAACCCAGAGACGUGCCAGCUGUUCACCACCCAGCUAGGUGAGCGGGCCCAGGCCCACGCGCCGCCCGCCGCAGGUGGGGUGGGCCCUGCAGGGCGCCGGAGGGGGCUCCCACCGUCAUCCCGGGGCCGAGGCAGGUGGCCCCACUGGGGUCACAGCAGGCUCCUUGAGCGUCCUUGCCGGGACACAGGGCCAGCGCCAGCGGGGCUGUGCUGCGCGGCUCAGGAGAAGGCAGGCCUCUGGGUGGGGAAACACCGCAGUGCGUCCAGGGCAAACGGCCAACUGUCCACACCACAGGUGGGCUAAGUCCAUUUGUAUGUGGCAAACAUCUUCACAUUCCCUCCACACGGGGAACCUGGCAUAUUCGCCAGCUAACAGCGUUACGCUCAGGUGACAGGACACCUCACACCUUCACCUCAUGGUUUUAUACAUACUUUUCACUCGUAAAAACCGGGGGCAGAGGCCUCGGCUCAGACCUCUGCUCACGAGGGCG